UCACUCGACACGUCAAAACGUGAACGUGAGAAUUGAUUACUCCGCCUCUUAAUAUGUAUUAGUUGUCUGGCGACAGAGGGAUGUGAGUGAACGCGAAGGUCUUGCCAAAAUGAAUAGGAAUUAUGAAUACCCGCUGUAUUCCCACCCGAAUCGUGGAGCAAAUGAAUACUCGAUUGGCAACGGAAUAAAAAAUUAUCCGCAUCGCCUGAGUGAGAGACCCGUGCCCGUGCCCAGAGCGGACAGCGCGUCGGGAAGGGAGCCUACAAAUAGACCACGCGACUCUCUAAAUAGAUUACAAGACCCCCAUCACCACACAGAAGCACAUAUGAAUGAGCACGCAAACGCUCGCACCAACACACAGCCACACAACCAUGGGAGCCUGUCAUCAAGAGAGAGGCCAGCGAGCGAAUACACACUGGCUGCGCCUCACAGAAGUGCGUGUCCCGAUGCUGAUUCACGCACUAGUUCGGGGAGGUACACACGCACGGAUGUUUGGCCCAAGUACCAUUCGGAUAUGGUGGCCCAAAAGGGCGGCAAGUCGCUGCACAGUGCACCUAUGCAGCAGCGCAAUUCAGAUGGUGACAGCAUGCGCUCGGUUAGUAGCAGUGACCGUGGCGCUGCUGACGUAGCACUCAGAGACAGAGACAGAGGUCAGGACAGGGAGCGGGAAACCCAGUCAAUGAAGCUACAUGGCCGUGAUAUAUUCGUGGGUAGUGAUGUUGAAAGUAGAGCUCACGUGCGCACAGAUAGGGAUGUUGGCAACGGGUCCGUUAGAUCGAUUGACUUCAGGGUGGGAAAGGCUAACGGUAGCGUGAAAGAGAGGGAACAUCGGAAGACAAGUGCGAGUUGGAAGGCCGAUGGCAGUACUGCGCGAGAGUUGGGUGGCGGGCUUUCAAACGCCCCUGAGCAAAGGCAUGAGCUUGGUGAUGAUGUAGGCAGAUAUAUUGAUACAGGUAGAUAUUCCGAUACAGAUAGAUAUGAUCGAUACCACAAACCUAAUGGGAAUGGAGGUAGAUUUACAGGCACUACACUGUCGAACGGUGUGCCGCAGACCAACGGGGUGUAUCACGGUAGGGACGGGAGUAGAGCGGAUUCCACAGUCACGGUCAGCGAUAACAGGCCGAAGGCGUCCUUAGGUGACGACCAUGCGCAACUUCGACCAUCACGCGGGUACGCACGUGCAGGCAAUGAUAUCACCUACGGUGAACCAGGUAGACGAGCGCGAGAAAGAAAGCCCGAACAGACCCAGCAAAAAAGCCCAACGGCGUCAAGGCGGUGGCGUAAGGACGAUCUAAGUGAGGGUGUACUCGGUAACCAUGACAACGGUUUACGCAGGCUGAGGUCGGGACAGGAAGAAGUGUAUGUACUGCGGCAAAAGCGGCGGCAAAUGGGAGAGGGGGAUCCGGUGACUAUGCGGGAUAGUGAGCAGAGCGAUGGUAGAUUCAGGAGACGAGCACAGACUGUAUUAUUCGAUGGCGAUUUUCAUAAUAGCAAAGGUCAUCGUCUGCACGACGAGAAGGAUGUGCUUCAGACACGUGACCGGCCGCAAGACACGCGCACGCACCCCACACGUGUUCGCCGAGACUAUCUGGCUGAAGAAGAUCCGAAAGAUUUCGAAGAUAUCGACCACAGGCAUAAACCUGAGCGUAUCUUUGAUAGCGAGCAGGACCGUGUGCAUGAGCGUGGUUAUAGGCGAGGGGAUGCCGACGCCUACGAUCGUCCGGAUAAGAGUUAUAGGAGUGGCUAUAGAGUAGACAGCCUCAGGCGUGGGCGAUUCAUUGGCGAUGGCAACGCAAGCACCGGCAGCGGGAAGAGGAGAGGGGGCUCAGGCCCAGAUAAGGUAAUGUACACCUAUCCCGACGAGGGCUAUGAUGACAGCUACGAACGGUACCAGAGCAACGACCGAGUGCGGGGUAGAGCCACGCAGAGAGAGAGAAGUAAUAGAGAAAGAGAGGAUGCUACACAGUACGCGCCGAGCACUCGUGGCCUUGUUCCUAGGGAAGAUGACGAGUUGAGAGUCUAUAACGCCAGCCCUCGGACUAGGCGCAGCAAAAGCGCACCGCGUUCCCGAGUGGAGGCCAAUGGAGUGACCAGAUGGGGCGGGGUGGGGGGUACGUAUUUGACCGCAGAACAGUACCUGGAACGUAUGCGGGCGGGCGAGCGAGGCCAGGAGAAAGGCGUAGCCCUGCACGAAUCAGCCGUCAAGAUUGGUAGUAGGAUACCAUUCGCUCACGGGGCUCCGCUCAGAACCGAGUACGCGGAUAUAAAUAGACAGCCUGCUAUUAAAAGACCCGACUUCGGAUCACCGCCAAUCAACGCAAACCGGGGAAACGCGGGUCACACACCUACUGCGGUAAACAGUCACCAUGGUUACGGACUUGAUUCGGCUGAAGGUGUGCCCAUAGGGCUGGCUGAGGGUUGUGUCGCUGGAGUGACGUCGUCUACGCCUAUGACGGGCAAGAGGCCUGCCGCUACUACCUCACCGAUCCCGCCUUAUAUGCCAGGGAGUUCUUUGAAGUUCGAGAUGGACCGGCACAAGGCUUCCGAAUUGAACUACACGAGCGGACCUUCGCGUACACAGGGCACCUUUCAAGAGAACAUGGCAAAGGCUGCCAACCCACAGUACAUAAGAUCAGCACAGAACGGUGAAGGCUCUAACAAAACACUCGAGUCUACACAUGAUGUCGCUGAGCUGAGGAGGAAAACACUGGCCCUUCUAGUGCAGAAGGACAAGGAAAUUCGUACGCUCACGGAAUUGCUUCAGACGAAGAAUACCCGGAAUGCUACAUCCUCCGCCGAGGAAGAAUCUCUGAGGGCCAGGAUAGACGAAGCAAUGGCGCAAGUAGAAGAGCUCCGCGAUCAGAAUAAAAAAUACGAAGAGGAGCUUGCAGAGAUGGCUGACCUCAAGAAACUGCUGGGUGAGAUGAGGAUACAGCACAACGAACACGUCGAUGCCAUUGAUGCGUGGGAGAAACACUGCCAGGUCUCACUGGAUGAACAAUCGCGGGAAUUUGAAGAGAAAAGACAGCACCUGGAGAACAGGCGAGAAGAGGAGGAUGAAAAACUAUAUACCUGUAUGGAGCAGCUGAGAGCACUUAUCCUGCUCUGCUCGAGGAAAGUAGACGGUGGUGCCAACUCAAAUUCGGCGAUAGUUCAAGCCUUGGACAGCAUGGGCACAAGGGAUGCCGAUACCAGAGUUGAGCAAACCGAUCGUAUGCUUUCCGAAAUUGAAAGGCUCAAAGACUUAAUAAGUGAAAUGGAGAGGGCCGAUGCUGAUGCCGGCUGCGCUCAGCAAUAACAGCUGCAAAUAAACUAUUCUGAGUGUAAUACGUAUCAAUAAAACCGCCUUGCC